AUGUGGCUUUUGCUAUGCUUCGGGUUAUUUUGCGGGGCUUCCGGAUAUAAGGAUCCGCAUUGGUUCGUCCAAUGUUUCGACCGUCCACUCCGCGUCGGUGAUGCGAUUACGGUACGGGGCAGAAUCAUCCCGGGAGCGGCGAGAUGGACGUGCAAUAUUGCAAUGUCUGAGAUGAACAACAUGAUCAUCCACGCCGAUCAUCGCAUCCAGCCGGGUCCUGGCGAGGGUACAUAUGGGACGCAUUUGAACUGCAGGAAUAAUAUGGGGCCCUGGGUCCGGGAGGAGCACUUCAGCAAGAUCCCAUUUGCCGGCGGGCCAUUUGAGCUGACGUUCCGAAUUGCCACAAUCAACAGCGUGCACGUACACUACGCCAGUGGGGUUUGGCAAGGUGCUACCUAUGCUCGUGGUGGCAAUGUUCCGCUACACACCGCUCGGCAGAUUGACUGCAACGGCGAUCUGACAGGCGUGACAUUCCACGGGCCGGUGAUGAGAGGGAGUGUACGAGCCGCCAAGAGCCGUCCGGACUGUAUGAAGUUUCCGGCCCAGAAACCGGGACCAAAGCCCGGAGGAAAGCCAGGUCCAAGACCCAAGCCGAAACUGCAACCAAAACCGCAUCCCAAGCCCCACCCCCAUCCUCACCCUCACCCUCAUCCGCACCCGCACCCCGGACCGAAUCCAGGCCCAGAACCUAAUCCCCCACCACCACCACCUCCGGCCAGCCACAGCCAUAGCCACAGUCAUAGCCAUGAUCACAGCCAUAGUCACAGUCAUGGGAAAAGUGAUGAGGAGAAGGGUGAAGGGUUUAACGUCCAGGAUUACGUCCAGGUGGUUGCGGCCGGUGGGGAUGACGACGAUUUU